AUGCAAUUUUACGGGGAUGUUACAACUGCCCACAAGCAGCAAGAGCCAACAUCUCUUGCAUUACCCUCGGGAAGAACACGAUGGCAACAAUCCAAUGUAAUCACCAGUACUUUACUGUUUCCUACAGCCGAGAGGGUGCUCAUUCUACGUUACUCUUGCGCUUUACAACCGGAAGAGUCCGACAAAUGUGCAACGUUUCAUGUGGCUCCACCAACACGACCUUCGAGCUCACAGGGAUCCUCCAAUGGACACGAACAAUCCAAGAAUCUGCCAUGA